AUGGUUGUGAACCAGUUAAAUACGAAUGGAUUUUGUAUCAUUAAUAAUUUCCUGGGGAGCAGUUGUAGCACAGAAGUCCUCCAGCAAGUGUUAAAUCUAUAUCAAAGUGGAGUCUUCAGUAAUGGACAGUUAGCUCGUAAUGUGUCAGUGAACCGAAUUCGUGGGGAUAAAAUAGCUUGGAUUGGAGGCGAUGAACGUGGAUGUGAAGCUAUUAAAUAUUUAAGUUCAUGCGUGGAUUCUCUGAUUUCUCGUUGCAACGGACGAUUGGGGAAUUACAUGAUAACUGGAAGGACGAAGUGCAUGGUUGCGUGCUAUCCCGGAAGUGGUCUAGGCUACAUUCGCCAUAUAGAUAAUCCCAAUCGCGAUGGAAGAUGUGUCACGGUCUUGUAUUAUCUUAACCCCAACUGGAACAGCCAGGACUGUGGAGGACAGUUGUGGCUAUACCCAAAUAAUGAAAAUAAAGUAGUCAAAAUUGAUCCAAUUUUUGAUCGUUUACUGCUUUUCUGGUCAGAUAGGCGAAAUCCUCACGAAGUAAAGCCUGCAUAUGCAAUGAGAUAUGCUAUCACUUUGUGGUAUUUCGACGAGAAGGAACGAGCUCUUUCGUCUCAGAAUGGUACAUAG